UAUAUUUUUGACUCAUCAAAUUCACCGGCAAAUCCAGUGAGUAACGACGGUCACGCUGUUCCACGAAGCUUCGCUGUCAACACCAUCAUCGGAACUUACCGGAGUUCGUUACGGUAGGUUUGGAUUCUAUCUCUUGUGAAAAAAACAGAAACACAAAGAUGAACGCUGAGAAUAAUCAGACUACUACUACUCACUCGAAAGUGAUCUCACAUGUAUUCUGCACUGGUACUGCUAAGCUAGGCUCUGUUGGGCCACCCAUUGGUCUUGUUGAUAUUGGCGUCAGCGAAGUUGCUUACAUCUUCCGAGUCUCUCUUCCUGGCAUUGAGAAAAAUCAAGAUAAGAUCAAAUGUGAAAUUCAGAGGGAGGGGAGAGUUUGCAUCCAAGGAGUUAUACCUGAGAUUGCGAUUCCAAGUGACACGGGAUGCUUAUACAGAAUGCAAGUGCAACAGCUCUGUCCGCCUGGUCCAUUCUCAAUCACGUUUAAUCUUCCGGGACAAGUGGAUCCUCGCUUGUUUUCUCCUAAUUUUAGAUCUGAUGGGAUCUUUGAAGUCGUCGUAGUCAAGCUCGGAGUGCGCAUCCCAACUUCAUAGUUCCGGUUUUCAUUCAACCACGAUAUCCUCCAUGCUUAAUCAGCAUUUAGUUGCAGUGGCCGACCUGUAAGUCUUUGGUCGGAUUUAGCAGAGGUUAGAGACUCAAGAAUGUUCUAGUUUCUUUUGUGUAGAACCAUGUCCAAUGAUCCGGUUCCUUAAGAUGUUCUUAGACUCUGAAAAAAAGCACCUUGAUGUGAAACGGAACUGUUUUAACCAAGAUUUUGGCAAUCACAUCUUACAACUAAAACUCUUUGUACCAAAGAGGGAAAUUUAAAACUUAUAAUCCA